GAAAAAGGUUUGGCGCAAGACGACGAGGAAGAGGAAGAUACAGAAUCCAGUAAUAAUAAGAUCCAAAGUUGAGAACAAUGAAGUUGUGCUUUUAUGUGAUGUUGUGCUGUUACACAGCCAAUGCAUUUCUCACCAAACCAGAUAGACUUUCUCAGAAAUCGACAGAUUUUACUGCCAAAGAAGUUGACAUAGAAGCAACCCUAAGGCAAGCCUUUUCAGAGUUUAUCGAGAAUGUUCAUGAUGGUCUGGAAGCAGAUAAGAAACUCCAAACUUUAGAACAUGCUUUAUCAGACUCGGGUAAUGUGAGCUCGUGUGCUUGUAAGGGGUACAACUGUGGUUGUUGUGUUUACCUAUCAUGGAAAGCUGUGGGCCUUGAUGAUACAGUGUGUGUCAACUUCUCCUACCUUCCUGCCCCAGAAUAUGGCAUCUCUGUGACCUUGACUGUGGAUGGCAAGGCGUACAUCAAUGAAACUGUCUCAGUGCGCAACCCUCCCCCAAUUUGUAUUGGUAUCCCACACCUGACGAAAUAUGCUAGCCUCUGUGUUCAUUUCAACAACAUCACCAUAAUCAACAAAACUGUUCAGAUCUGUGUGGCCAUUCAAGCGCGACUAGUACGUGUCAAGGUUGAGGAAAUUGACCUUGGAUGCUUCAGAUUUCCUGUCAAGCCUGAGGUCAAGGUCAACAACAAACUAGGUCAACAAGUGGUCAUGCAAGGUCAGAAAGUUGUGGAGGACACAGUGGCCAAGUCCCUAAGAAUUAAGGACCUCAACAUACUGAAGCAGUUAGAUGUCAAGGUCAAAGACAGCUACAGUCAACAAGAGGUCAAGGUCAUUAAUUGAUGAGGCCUGCAAGGGUUGGAGAAGAUAUACAGGUUUCGACAACCUAUGUUCAAAGGAAUGAAAUAAUGGAUACAGAAUGUUUCCCAGUUAAAAAGUUGUAGUUUAGCAGUAUUGAGCUUUAGAAUAAACAGUGUUGGGAAAAUGAUUAUAUACAGAAAUGUCAUGUGAAAUUUAAGUAUUUAUUUCAGUUAGUUGAAUAUUUCUAGAUUAGAUAUGUAAUCAUUUAAAAUGAGUUGUAUUUUUUUUACAUGUUUAGAUAUUGGUAACUGUACUAGUAAUGGAAAGAACAAGAUCUGAUAAAAUAUCUCUGAUGAAAAAUUAUGCAGAGCAUAUUUCUAUAUGUAUUUUUUCCCCUAAAAUUUAGGGCUAUUUUUCUGCCUUUGACUGACAACACUACUUUGUGAAAUGUUACAUACCAGAAUCUUGGAUAAGAGCAAAAUAAAACCUGAGUGUCCAGCAUAUUAAGCAUUGGUUUAAUUAAUAUUAAGCUAUUUAAAAUCUUUAAAUUUGAAGAUUGUGUUGAUUUUGAAAAUAUUUCAUUGGACAGAAAUUUAAAGAACUAAAAAGAAAAAACUUACUUCUUAAGAGAGAAUGUGACCUUAGCAUAUUUGUAGUGCUCUAAAACUGGAUAAAAUGCUCUGAAAAGAAAUAAGAAAUGAUAUGCAUGUCUUGUUUAUAACGUGGUUGUAUUUUGUCAAUAAAAUUGUGGUAUUUUGUUUAUAAGUGUAUUUAACUUUGUUAUAUAUAUAUAUAUAUAUAUAUAUAUAUAUAUAUAUAUACACCUUGUCUACAUGCCCUCUUGCUAUUUGUUAUUAUUGAAAUUUAUGAUCUGAAGUGUAAAAUCUUGCAUUGUAUUUUCCUAAUAUAUAUAUAUUUAUGUAUUGUUGAAUUUGUUCCGAGAUUGUGAUAGAAUGUAUAUUUUUCCAUUUUGAAAGGAUUUUUUCAUGAAUCAGUUACCAUAAUGUUUUCAGUGGGUUUUUUUUCACCAUUUUCGGAGCAAGGGCCUUUCUGAUUGGGAAAAAUGCCUUACUUUGACAAUUUAUUUUCCUAGAUAUGAAUAAGAAUGCUUUGAGAUAUAGACAGAAUGAUAAGAUAAUGUAAUAAAGUUUGCUUUUCUAAGAGUACAUCAACCCUUCAUUCGAAACCAUUUUUGGGGUCGAUUUUUUAUGAAAAAUCACUAAAAAACAAACAAACACUGUUUUUAAUAGUAAGACUCUAUUCUGUAGUAUGUUGGGUCUGUAAAUAUUGGAAUGGGAAAUAAGCAAUAAUGAGAUAGCUUGCAUUUAAUAGUUAUUAUUUUGAAAUGUUUAAAGUUUAUUAUUGAAACUGGAUAACCCAUCCAAUAAGCCCUUUAAUAAGUGGACAAGAAAACAAUGUCAUUAUCAAAGCACAUUUAAUUAAUAUGAUAAUUAUACACAAGGAAAAGAAUUUACCUUGUUUAUUAUACACAAAAAAAAUGAAUUUAUUAUGAUUAUUGUACACAAGGAAAUGACUGCCACUGAAGAUCACUAUCACAAUAUACUCCACACACUUUCUUUUGGGAAUAUUCUGAUAUCUCCUGGCACUUCCAAGCCUUAAACUCUCUGUUAAUGUUUUAGCAUCCCCCCUCCCCCUCCCACAAUUUGGUCCUGAAAGUCGAAACAAAUCUUGACUUUUAGGUUAUAAAUAGUAGACCCUCAAUUUGUCAUUUUCAAGAAACCUUUUUUAACAUUCGAGACCUUACAACGCCAUUUUCAGCAACAACAAAAAGUACUUAUUGAAAGGCAUAUUUGUUAAGACUUUUAAAGAAUAUCUUAUAAAAUUCAUAUUUUUAUUCUUGAAUUUAAACACACAUGCUCCAUUAUAUGCACGUGCUUCAUUAUAUUUGUGAAUACUAAAGCUUUCUCUCUACUGUGUAUAUCUUUUGUAACUGUUAUUACUCUCUACAAUAAGUUUAUAUAUCUUUAACUAUUGUGCUGUUAUUGUUCGCUUUUAUGUUUGAUAUUGGCUGUAUUGUGAUAUCAUGUACUAAAAUAGUAAUGCUUGCUUUUAUGAAGACAUUCCAAUAAAUGUUAAAAAGUA